UUGUAUAUCUUUAAGGUAAUGUUCUACGAGGUGCGGAUUUAGUCGAUAAACAAGACAACAAAAACCCUACAGAUUUUUUUUUCAACGGAUUUGGUGUCCGUGUCCAGUUUCCUAUCAUGCCAUGGUACGGAUCAUGAAACUGAUCGGUAACACUGCUGCAUCAGGUGCGACAAAGAACUGAAGGAAACAUAAAUCAGCCAUUCAUUAAUUCAUUAGUUAGAUGCAUAGGUUUGACAACAUCUUCGCGCAGUGCGCCACCAGGGGUCGCUGUGGUGGGAGUCAAGCACAAAACACUGCUCAAAUCGUUAUUAACAGUUUUGUAAAAUAACCACAGGGUGGCGCUGCUGACUAAUUGGUAUUUUAUACUAUUUGGUGUUAGGACACAGCCUCUGUUUACUUAGAAUCGGACACAAAAUGACAUGACAAGUCAAAGCACAUUCAACAGUUUGAAAUAGCGGGGCCACAUCAGCUGCAGAAGCCGGGGUCGGUUGUUUGUCCGUCGGGUCGACUGUGUUUACAACCAUCCGAUGAAGCUGAUCAACUGACCUGUGGAGUUCGAUCAUGUGACAGAAUGGAGGCGUCGCUGGAAACAUUCACCCGUUCACCACAUACACACACCACCAGGAACCCAUUUCACAACAAACGGAUAAGGCGAUAGACAGUCCUCAACAACUCAAGUCACAAAGCCCAACGUUACUUCAUGAUAUUGCAAUGAAAUGAGGGGAGCAUGGGGGCCAAAGAGUCGAGGAUAGGAUUCCUGUCGUAUGACGAGGCCGUCAAGAGAGUCACGGAUGUGGAAUUGAAACGUCUGAAGGAUGCCUUCAAGAGAACGAGCGGCCUUUCCUAUUACAUGACCCAGCAGUGCUUCUACAGGGAAGUGCUGGGAGAUGGAGUUCCCCCUAAGGUUGCAGAGGUGAUCUACACUUCGUUCGGAGGCUCGUCUAAAGGACUGCACUUCAACAACCUGAUUGUGGGUCUGGUGCUGCUGACUAGAGGACGAGAUGAGGAGAAGGCCAAAUACCUCUUCAGCCUGUUUGCCAGCGAGCAGGGCGGCUACGCUGCCAGGGAUGAUAUGGAGGCAGUUCUGCGGGUCCUGGAUGGUGAAGUCCCACCAUCCCUCAGGAAGUGCUUCAGCGAGGGCGACAAGGUGAACUACGAGCGCUUCAGGAACUGGCUUCUCCAGAACAAGGAGGCCUUCACCUUGUCCAGAUGGUUGCUGUCUGGAGGAGUGUGUGUUACACUGACCGACGACAGUGACACACCCACCUUCUACCAGACGCUGGCCGGCGUCACACACCUGGAGGAGUCGGACAUUAUAGACUUGGAGAAGCGCUACUGGCUUCUGAAAGCCCAGUCCAGGACCGGCCGCUUUGACUUGGAAACCUUCGUCCCGCUGGUCUCCCCUCCCAUCCAUGCCUCACUGAGUGAAGGCUUGUUUCACGCUUUUGAUGAGAAUCGGGACAAUCACAUUGACUUUAAAGAGAUCUCUUGUGGUCUGUCUGCCUGCUGCAGGGGGCCUAUCGCCGAAAGGCAGAAAUUUUGCUUCAAAGUGUUCGAUGUGGACCGUGAUGGUGUUUUGUCUCGAGACGAGCUCCAUGAAAUGGUGGUGGCCCUGCUGGAGGUGUGGAAGGACAAUCGAACAGACACACUUCCGGAGUUGCACAGCAGCGUGUCAGACAUAGUGGAGGGAAUCCUGAAGAUGCAUGACACAACCAAAUUGGGUCAUUUGACCCUUGAGGACUACCAGAUCUGGAGUGUGAAAAGUGCUUUGGCCAAUGAAUUCCUCAACCUGCUCUUCCAAGUGUGCCACAUAGUCCUGGGGCUCAGGCCGGCCACUCCAGAAGAGGAGGGACAAAUCAUCAGGGGGUGGUUAGAAAGGGAGAGCAGACAUGGGCUGCAGCCAGGCCAGAACUGGUUCCUCAUCUCCAUGCUGUGGUGGCAGCAGUGGAAGGACUACGUCAAAUAUGAGCACAAGGGCAUCGUGGUGGAGCAGCCCUCCAUCCUGAGCUCGCUGCGAACCCCCCUGGGCACAGCCACUGUCGAGCCGGCACCUCCAGACAGACUGGGAGGCCUGGGAGUCCUCAACCUCGUCAGCCCCUCCGAGGAGAGGUCGCCUGAUGCUGUGUCCAGCGCCUCAGAGGCCACAGAGAAUGCUCUGAGCCCCCAAAGCGUUCCUUCAGCUGCAGAAAGCUGUUUUGCCCGUCAGCACAACGUGUCAGACAACAACAACCAGUGCUUUUCCGGAGCCAACGGCCACCUCGCCUCCCAGCUGGCAGCACAGAGGCCUGGAGCCAUCGACAACCAGCCACUAGUCAACACCGACCCUGUGAAGGCGCCUACGUUAACCAUGGAAGGCGGCAGGCUGAAGCGGUCCUUACAACUGGUGGCUGGCAGAGACUUUGAGACAGUGCCAGAGCCGGUGUGGCGGGCACUCUACCACUGGUACGGUGCCAACCUCAGCCUGCCACGACCGGUGAUCCAGCAGAGCAAGACAGGCCAAGCAGAGCUGGAGCUCUUCCCCCGCUACCUCCUCUUCCUCCGCCAGCAGCCGCCAUCACGCUCCCCCCAGUCCAACAUCUGGGUCAAUAUGGGUAUGGCCAGCCUGCGAAUGUUCCCACCGUAUUUACCCCCACCACGAGCAGGUAACGUUCCCUCCCCCAACGCUCCUCUGAAGCGGGUGUUGGCCUAUACGGGCUGUUUCAGCCGCAUGGCCACCAUCAAGGACAUCCACCUCUACCUUUCCCAGAGACUCCGCAUCAAGGAAGAGGAUAUGAGGCUCUGGCUCUACAACAGCGAGAACUACCUCACCCUCCUGGAUGAUGAAGAUCACACACUGGAAAGUCUGAAGAUUCAGGAUGAGCAGCACUUAGUUAUCGAGGUCAGGAACAAAGACAUGAGCUGGCCUGAGGAAAUGUCCUUCAUCGCCAACAGUAGUAAGAUGGACAGACACAAAGUUCCCACAGAGAAAGGUGCCACUGGCCUGAGUAACCUUGGCAAUACCUGCUUCAUGAACUCCAGUAUCCAGUGUGUGAGCAACACAAAGCCUCUCACCGACUACUUCAUCUCAGGGAGACACCUCUAUGAGCUCAACAGAACCAAUCCCAUCGGCAUGCGAGGUCACAUGGCCAAGUGCUACGGUGACUUGGUGAUGGAGCUGUGGAGUGGCACGCAGAAGAACGUGGCUCCACUCAAACUCAGGUGGACGAUAGCAAAGUAUGCACCUCGUUUCAACGGCUUCCAGCAGCAGGAUUCCCAGGAGCUGCUGGCCUUCCUGCUGGACGGCCUCCAUGAGGACCUGAACCGAGUCCAUGACAAGCCCUAUGUCGAGUUGAAGGACAGCGACGGCCGGCCCGACUGGGAGGUGGCCUCUGAGGCAUGGGAAAACCACUUGCGCAGGAACCGCUCAAUUGUGGUGGAUCUGUUCCACGGUCAGCUCAAGUCCCAGGUGAAGUGUAAGACCUGUGGCCACAUCAGUGCUCGAUUUGACCCGUUCAACUUCCUGUCUCUGCCCUUGCCCAUGGACAGCUCCAUGCAUCUCGAGAUCACUGUCAUUAAAUUGGAUGGCUCCACUCCAGUGCGCUUCGGCCUGAGGUUAAAUAUGGAUGAGAAGUACACAGGGCUGAAGAAACAGCUGAGUGAACUGUGCAGCCUGAAGCCUGAGCAGAUCCUCCUGGCUGAGGUCCACACCUCCAACAUCAAGAACUUUCCUCAGGACAACCAGAAGGUUCGUCUGUCUGUCAAUGGCUUCCUGUGUGCAUUUGAGAUCCCAGUGCCAGGUUCACCCACAUCACUGACCUCGCCCACACUAACAGACAUCACCCCAAUAGCAAAUGGUCCUGCUGCUAAUGGGCACCUUGGCAACAAGCCGGUCCUCAUCCCUAACGGUGGGCCCAGCACCAUGGUGCCCUCCAGCCCAGAGACGCCCCUGGCCAAUGGACUCGCCAACGGGCACAUAACACCAGUCCAGGAGAGCCCCUUCAUUGGGUACAUCAUCGCCAUGCACAGGAAGAUGAUGCGCACGGAGCUGUACUUCCUUUCCUCCCAGAAGAACCGGCCCAGUCUGUUCGGCAUGCCACUCAUUGUUCCCUGCACUGUCCACACCAGUAAGAAGGACCUGUAUGAUGCCGUCUGGAUCCAAGUGUCCCGACUGGCCAGCCCUCUGCCGCCACAGGAGGCCAGCAACCACGCCCAGGACUGUGAUGACAGCAUGGGCUACCAGUACCCCUUCACACUGAGGGUGGUGAGCAAGGAUGGCAACUCAUGUGCCUGGUGCCCCUGGUACAGGUUCUGCCGUGGUUGUGCAAUAGAGUGCACAGAAGACAGAGCCUCUGUUGGGAACGCCUAUAUCGCUGUGGACUGGGACCCCACCGCCCUGCACCUCCGCUACCAGACCUCACAGGAGAGGAUCGUGGAGGAGCACUGCAGUGUAGAGCAGUCUCGUCGGGCCCAGGCUGAACCCAUCAGCCUGGACAGCUGUCUGAAGGCCUUCACCAGUGAGGAGGAGCUGGGUGAGGACGAGCUCUACUACUGCUCCAAGUGCAAGACUCACCGGCUGGCCACCAAGAAGCUGGACCUCUGGAGGCUGCCGCCCAUUCUGAUUGUCCACCUGAAGCGCUUCCAGUUUGUGAACGGUCGCUGGAUCAAGUCCCAGAAGAUUGUCAAGUUUCCACAGCAGAAUUUUGAUCCCAGCGCCUUUCUGGCUCCAAGAGACCUGGAGCAGCACUGCCUCCACUCCAGGAGCGAGGGGGAGGAUCUGCUCAGGGUUGGAGAAGACAACCUGUCCUCCAUCUCUGCACCUGCCGGCUUCUGCAACCUCCCCAAAGCCUCACCCGCCUCGAGCAGGAAGUCAGCACCUUCCCUCAGCCGAACCAGCAGCCCCUCCAGCAGCCCCAAGACGAGCUCUGGAGGUCGCAGGCCCGGCCGGCUACGCCUCCCACAGCUGGGCAGCAAACACCGCCUCUCCAACAGCAAGGAGAACCUGGAGGGGGCCAGCAACGCCGAGGCUGAGCCCAGGGAUGGCACACUGCAGGCGGACACAGAGGCCACCACAGCAGCCGGCCUCCCCGGGUCAGCAGACACGGUCACUACCGAGUCGUCAUCCAGCACCGAAGCGUCCAGCAGCCACUGUGAUGUGAUCCUGAUGAAUGGUGACAGCAACGGGCUGAGCUCAGACUGCAGCACAGAGAGCAGCGUGGACCCCGACAACUCACUACCACAGCACAGAGACAACGUCUGUCUGGACGCUAUCUACAACCUCUAUGCAAUAUCAUGCCAUUCAGGAAUCAUGGGAGGAGGCCACUAUGUGACCUAUGCCAAAAACCCCAAUGACAAAUGGUACUGUUACAAUGACAGCAGCUGUAAGGAAGUGCACGCCGAGGAGAUUGACACCGACUCAGCCUACAUCCUCUUCUAUGAGCAGCAGGGAGUCGACUACUCCCAGUUCCUGCCAAAGACAGAUGGCAAGAAGAUGGCCGACACCAGUAGCAUGGACGAAGACUUUGAGUCUGACUACAAAAAAUACUGUGUCCUCCAAUGAUUGCACAUUGUCUUCCAUCGCCCAGCACUACACCUGGUCUCCGGUCAGAUUGCCGUCUUGUUUCUUUGGCCGGUGUGUGCUGAGAAGCACCAAAACAUUUUGUUGAUGAAUCACAAACUGCAAAUCACUAGAGCGCCGGUUGAAACGCAAUCGGGACAAUGGUCUCUUUUCUUUAGGGAUGCGUCGCUGCACUUUCUACACUCGAGUGGUUGAAACGGAUUUCUGCGAGGUUUGCCAAGAGAACAAUGAAGCCCCAGUGAAAGCACUAAACUGGUGCACUUUGCCGAGCCCAACUAAACAACCUCCCCUCCCCUUCGAUCCUAUGAACAAGGCACCCCACGCCAUGAAAUAAUUGUAACAUAUACUUGCAUACUAACACAUCACUGAAUGUAUGUCAGUAUGGCCAACACAUGAACUGAUGUUGCUUCCUCGAUGUGCAUUUAUCACUUGUCUGAACGAAUAGAAGAGUCAAAGAUCCCACGUGAUGGUACCAUACUUUCAGCCGUCAAAGUAUGUCCACAGAUCAACACGAUAUUGAAAUUUGGUAUCUAGUAUAGAGAUAAUAUAUUGGAUACUGUAAUGAGCUUUUAAGAAUGGUUCUCCAAAGGUUUUAUUUGUGUUCCUCAGUAGCGAUAGUGCCACUGGAAAGAGAGAAAGACAAAAAAAAUUCAUGCUACCUCAUCAAGAUCUGCAGUCUAUUGGCCAGUUGUACCCUAAAAGUCUGCGACAGUAUUAAAAACAUGCCUCCUUGGAGGUACACGCAUUUCAAAAUAAAAACCCUGUCCCUUGUUGUUAUCCACACAAGUCCUGAGGUUACCAUCAUCAAUUUGGCCCGAUUUGCCAACAUGUGUUUCAUCCUUUAACUGCCAAAUAUCAGUGGUGCAAUUUGUGCAAUGUUGACUUGUGUGUACCCGAACCUUCUCGGUCAAAUUUCAAGUCAUUUUGAAGCUCAAGAGCUUGAGUAUGAAUUUCAGGACAGGUGCCAUUUUGGAUGGUUUUGAAAGAAGCGCUUUAAAGAAUAAUAUAUAGCAUAUGUUUAAUACAUAAUAUUUUUUUUUCCUUUUUUUUCAUUCUGCAUUAUUUUACGAAGAUUUAUUUUUAUUGUUGAUCACUUUUUUGUGUUAAGGUAUGCAUGGUUUAUGCUCCCAUCACUACUGCUUCCAGAUCCAUAUUUAGAAGUAGAGCCACUUGCCAGGACUUUGGUUUUGAUAUUUAGCUGUGAUAACGCCGAGCUUAUCACGAGCUUAUCUUCACAGUACGCUGUUGCAAGAGUGACAUUUGGUAACAUGCGGUUUUGACAGCUCCCUUUCACGUGUUGGAUUUCUCAUAUAUUCACGGUAGAGCUCAUCAGGGUGCCACUAUUAAUGAGCUUUUACUUUUUCUGCUUUUUGAAGAGAUUAUCUCGUUGGUCAGCGUGGUCCUUAAGUGAGGAGAACGUAGACGCCGACAUCUCCAGUGCUCCGUGCUGAUUUGAGUGAUGGAAGACUUCAUGUUAACACUUUGGCAUACACUGUGGGCGGUGAAAGGUGAUCAGAUGUCCUCAUUUUCCGAGGACAAGUCCCCUGAUCUGGUGCUUUGUUUCCAGUUGGCCCUGUCCUCACAAACAUGUCCACACGUCCCUGCUGUCAGACAGGAGUAGUGUUACCGAGGGAAUUAGAUCCCAUCUGAAGUGAACACUGCCCCGUCUGAAAGCAAACAGCAGUGCGGGACAGUGUUGGUAAUGUAAUUUAGUACAUUGCGGGAUGUUUUUAGCAGUCCAGACAGUAAAUAUGUAUCACGUUUACUCCCAUAAUGAUUGGGUGUAGCCUUCCCAUCAGACUCUAGAAUACGUUCUCUAUGGAAAGUAUUCCCAGUUUAUGAAGCACAUCCAUCAGUUCAGAUAAUGAGGCUGGAAUUUAGAUGUACUGUAUUCAUCAAAAGUCGACAAGUUUUGCAUGUUCUGCAUGAUAUCUACAAAAUGUUUAUAGCUCAUGUGUCCUCUUAUGAUUUCCCAAAGUAAGCAAUCGUGUUUUAUCAUUUUUCCUCCCUUUUCUCCAGCCGUUGGGUUUCCAUUCAUUCCUCUACAAUUUGAAAAGAAACUUCCAGAGACUUCAAACUUUCUUCACACCAGCCCUCCAUCACCAUAAUAAAGUAGUCCACAUCAGUUUUCCUAAAAGCAGCAGCACUGUUGCAUUUUGAUGACUUGAAACUGGGCGGAGUGAAAUGAUCCUUCCGCCGCUGCGAUGUAAAAUGUGGGGAAACUGGAGUUCAUGGACCAAACAUUCAAAAAUCACUGGGAUGAUUCUAAAUACUUCCAAACAGCUACAUCAGAAAACAUAAAAUAACCGCUCAUAGUUUUACCAAAAGGUCGGUUUUCUUACUUUUGCACGCUAACAACAGACCCAGCGUAUUGUAUGCUAAAGUGUUAGCAUGGAGCACCUGAGGCAGGACUCUGUUGGGGACGCGUGGAGGAUUUUGGUGUCAGUAUUCUCCUAACUUAACAGCUCAUGUGACCGAGGGGCCUGAUUUAAAAGCUUGGUGUCCCUCUCUCGGCCAAGCUUAUUGUGUUUUGUAAGUGUAGCCAAGCCACUGGUCAAAUAACACGGUGUGUGUACGUGUCACGUGCAGCUCAUAGAUGUUCGUGGUCAAAGCCCAAGUUCUUCAGGUGUUGUAGACGACCUCCGUUUAGCCCAGGGGAACCUCAGAGUCAGCGAUGGUCAAGUUUCGGACAGGUUGGUGCAGUUCUUCAGGAUGUCCUGUUCGUUUUUCAGCCUCGCCUCCCCCAGCCACACGGGCUGACAGACACUGGAUCAGUAAGACUCAGCGGUGCCCGUUCUCUUCGUGGCUUUCAAUUAGCCAUGAACAUAUUAUUUGCAAGUAUCAAAAGAUAAUUACAAUCCUUCUGUUUCAUAUGCAGUAGGGAAUUCACACUAAAGAAGCCACAUUCUCAGUUCACUUUCAAUGUUGGGAGUCACAUGACUGAACUUGCAAAUGGUUUUCAUCACCAGUUAGGUAUAUUUUUUUUAUCAUUUUGAUGCCUGAGUUGAGGCGUUCUUUGAAUCAAAUGAAUAGAAAGUCUUCAUGCUGCCAUCGUCCGAGUGCAGUACUCUGCUAAACAGACACCAUUUUUGUCCUCAUGUUUCUGGAAGGCUCCGUCUCAUCAGUGACCCGCCACUAUCAAACUGGUUUGUGUUGCUCAUUUGACUGAACAAACGUAUUUAACCCUUUCUGAGCUCUAGUUUGUAGCAUCUGUAAAAGCUUCACCAAAUCCCCAGUUCCAGUGCUAGAAAAGUCCUGAAGGCUCAUCUUUGGUUUCAUUUAAGACCUUUAAACUCUUUUCUGUCCCCACGCUCGCUUUUAUUUGAUGGCUCGGCUCGUUGGUUUGAUUGUGUAGUUUAGGCGUUGUGCGUCAGGCCCAGAACUUGCUGUGUGGUUUGUGGCUGCAUCUGUAAAAGCUCUCGAGCAGAACUCAGUCUCAUCACUGUGAACAGACAUCCGUUCAUCCGCAGAGGGCCAGUGGCUCCCAUCCGUUUUGAUCUUGUCUUGACAGACAUUUUCAUCCUCCAGCUUUCUCAAAUCAUACCACUUCCUGUUUGUCCCCGGAUCUUUUCUAACAUUUUAGCUGCUGUAUUUAUGUGGAGAGGAUGGUGAUAAAGAUGGAUGUACUUGGAUAAAUGUCUUUUUGAUUGAAUGAAUCUUUAUUUUCCUUUUCAAGAAUACGUUUGUUGAACAAAUGGUGAUGUACAGCUGAUUGCUAUUUAUGUAUUCAUAUCCAUUUUUUUUUCUCCACUCUCUCCUUUCACCAAACUGUACCUGAUACUCACUGUCAAGUUUUUGUCCCAUGUUGAAAAUGUGGCUCAAAGGGAAAAUUUUAUUGAGGAUUUGUCUCUUGAGAAACCAGUUUAUCUUUGCUUUUAAUUUUAAGGUGCAAUAGCUGUCAAACUUUUUUUUUUCUUUUUUUCUUUUUUUUUUUUUAUUUACAGUGAAUGUGCCCUAUAACAACUGCUUGCACAAUGCAAAGCUUACCACAUCUGCAGCUCGCCAGUAUGUGCAAGAACACACAAGCCAAGAUAUCAUUUAAAGUUGGGGUGAAUUUCAGCACAAUUUCCUCAAUUCAGGAGAAAAAAAAAAUACAAAAACAAAACAAAACAGAUUUCAUGCCCGACUGAACUGAACGGUAUUGAAAUAAGAUUGGGCUGCAAACAGUGAUCAUCUGAAUCCUGUGAGCUGCAGGGCUAAUUCGUGAAGCCUCCUCGCCUCUCGGACAGAACGGUUUGGAGCGUCGGCAGGCAGUGCAAUCUACUACUGAGCUGUCUGUGCUUUGUCUGUAGCCUCUUUUUAUUUAAGUUAAUUUCCAUCGGAUCUGAACGAGACGUGUUAAUUUAAAGAACAUUUUUGUAAGGUGUUGUUGAAAGAAAGUGACAUUGCACUGACAUGAAAAAAAUUGUACAUAAAGUGUUUUGUAAAUAAGCCAAUUAAAUCUAUGUAUUUGAAUAUGACCUGUACAAAAUACUGUACUUGUAGUUGUAUAUGGAGUGAUACUGUUGAUCUGUAACAAAUACCCAAGCAACAAAUUAAAUUCUGCAGAGAUGAAGUCA